GCAUUCUAAUGAAUCAAUAGGAAAAAAAAGUGGUAGAAAUACAAAUUAAUUGCAAUGGACAAAAUUUUGUUCCUUCUUCCAGGCACAAGAAUUUAUGCUCCCCCUGAGGCUUUCCACAGAACAUCCAGGUUCCAUGCCAAGCCGGCCACAGUGUAUUCCUUAGGCGUACUGUUGUUCGUGAUGCUGUUUGGGAAGUACCCUUACAAGGUGAAACCUGAGAUCCUUGCCAAGAUCUUGAGAAGAGCAGAAAUUUCCAAAGAAUGCAGAGAACUGCUCUGUUCAUGCAUGGAAAAAGAUCCAGCCAUGCGGAUCGACUUGGAAAAGAUCCUCCACCAUGACUGGUUCCAAGUAUUUGUCCUGAAGCCGCAAAGACAGAACGAGGAAACCAUAGUAAGUUAAUUCACAUGUGUGGAUUCAUGCGUCCUGAGAAAAAAAAAAAAUCCUGCAAGGAACAACAUCCUCUCUCGUUUUGCACUGCCAUCACUCCUCUUUUUUCCUUCCGGAGCUCUCCGUGGGACUCGAGACCGGUGUGAUGGGCAGGUGAUGCUCAUUAGCACUUGUUUUGUUCCCACGGCUCUUGGCCCCAUCCUGCUUGUCACCCCCAUAACCUCUGGCAGCACCUGGGGGUAAGAACAGAUGAGGCUAGAGAAAACGAGAUGGAAGGAUGAGGAGAGAUGAGAGAGGAAAAAUUAAUCUUGGUGCGGUUCCCAAAACACACUGCUGGUUGGUUGUGGCUUGGUUGUGAUUCCCCUCGGAAGAAGGAGGUGGGAACCAGCAAAACAAAAGCAAAGCGGCAGUCGUCCUCAUGAAUUAAAACAACAACAAAAAUCCAGGCCUGGUCCUCUCUUGUCUUGCACCGUCGUCUCUCCUCCUUUUAUCCUUCUAGAGCUCCUCCAUGAGAAUCGCGCCACCAGCCUCGCUCCGUUCCCAUGGCUCUCAUGCCUCUCCCCCAAUUUUGUGAUGUGGAACAUGUUCCACAUCAAACAUACUUCUUUUGGGAAUGUCUUUUUACUAUUUUUCAUUGCAUUCAUUUUCAUACAUCAAUGCAUUGCUUUCACUUGCAUUUAAUGCAAUGUUAAACCAUUUACAGUGUUUCACUGUAUAUCAGGGGUAUUCAGUUAAAUUCAUGAUUAAAGAUCCAGCUGAAAUGUAUCUUAUCAAUGAUGUGACAGCAAUGUCCACCUUGAAUCUUCACUCAAAGUUCAGGUUUGAUCAUUCAUUAUAUAUGUGGUGUACAGUAUGUGUGGACUCAUUAAAAAAAAAAAGGUAACA